UAUGUGGGCUGACAUUCGAGAAAACCGACUCGCAUUACGAUAUACAUCCAUUCAGAUACAAACAGGAAACGGGAAAGACAGCACCAUUUCUAUUUAGCAGUUUGUUUCAUGUAUAUUUCAUAAUAAGCAUCGUGCUUGGAACUUUAUAGACGAUAUUUUCGUGUUUUUCUUUUGCUAUGGCAUGUGGAAUACUAACCAACACCCGGUGCGUGAAAUGGCGUUUUGGCUGCGGAAAAAAUUGGCAGCUUCUGUUGUUCUUUUUUUAUUUCAACCAUAUGGUCGGCGGACACAUCCGGUAUUCAAUCCCAGAGGAAAUGAAGAAAGGCUCCCUUAUCGGUAAUGUAGCACAGGAUCUUGGUUUGGAUCUGAAACGGCUUCGUUCUGGUCGGGCCCGGAUCGUGACCGGAGAAAACAACCAGUACACCGAGCUGAAGACAGACAAAGGGAUUUUAGUCGUGAAUGAGAAAAUAGACCGGGAGCAGCUUUGUGGAGACGUAACACCAUGCAGUUUCAGCUUUGAGGUGAUUUUAGAAAACCCUAUGGAGCUACAUCAAAUUACAGUUGAAGUAACAGAUAUAAAUGACCAUUCACCCACGUUUAAAAGAAGUAACAUCAAUUUUGAAAUUAGUGAAUCAGCUAAUACUGGCUCUCGCUUUUCACUGACUAGUGCAGAAGACCCAGAUGUGGGUGUUAAUGGACUCAGAGAAUACUUUUUGACUGAGAAUGACAAUUUUGUUUUAAAACAAAAUUCUAAUGCGGAUGGAAAGAAGUACGCAGAGAUGGUGCUUCAGAAGCCGUUAGACAGAGAGACAAAUCCUCACCUAUCACUAAAGCUUAUAGCCGUAGACGGUGGAAGUCCGCAGAGAUCUGGCACAGUAAAUAUAUAUGUCACUGUUCUUGAUAUCAAUGAUAAUGCACCUGUAUUUAAUCAAUCUAUGUACAAAGCCAAUGUAAUAGAAAAUGCUCCCAUAGAUACUUACGUUACAACUGUUAAUGCUAGUGACGCAGAUUUCGGCUCAAACAGUAUUGUUACAUAUUAUUUUUCAGACCUCAACAGUGGUCUGAGUGAUAUGUUUAUGAUUGAUGAAAAAACUGGCGUCAUUUCAAUUACAGGUUCUAUUGAUUAUGAAAAAGACAAAAAAUUCGAGCUCAGGAUUGAUGCAAAAGAUCAGGGAGGUUUAACAGAUGCGAGUAAAGUCAUAAUUGAAGUAACAGAUGUGAAUGACAACGCCCCUACUAUCAAUGUCAUGUCAUUCACUAGUCCUGUGUCAGAAGAUUCCCCUCCUGGUACAACUAUUGGCAUUAUAAAUGUAAAAGACUUCGAUUCAGGUGAUAACGGACACGUGACUUGUAGAAUAGAACAAAACGAACCUUUCAAGAUUAAAUCCAAUUUGAGAAAUUAUUAUACUUUGGUAACAGACACUGUAUUAGAUCGUGAAAGUGUUUCAGACUAUAACAUCACUGUCGUUGCGACAGAUGCAGGAAUGCCUCCUCUCUCAACAAAAAGAAGCUUUCAUUUAAAGGUCUCUGAUGUGAACGAUAAUUCCCCAGUGUUUUCACAGGGUGUUUACAACGCGUUUGUUGCAGAGAAUAACUCUCCAGGCGUUUCUCUUCUCAUUGUUAGAGCUAAAGAUCCUGAUGAAAACCAAAACGCCCGAAUUUCAUAUAUUCUGGAGGAUACUAAUAUGGGUAGCUUUUCGGUUUCUGAAUAUGUUUCUGUAAAUGCAGAAAGCGGAGUGAUACAUGCAGUGCGCUCGUUUGAUUAUGAGCAAAUCAAACAGCUUGUUUUCGCUGUCAAAGCGCAGGAUGGAGGCUCUCCUCCAUUCAGUAACAAUGUGACUGUGAAAAUACUGAUCCAGGACCAGAACGACAACCCUCCUCAGGUUCUGUACCCAGUCCAGACUGGUGGCUCUCUGGUGGCUGAAAUGGUGCCUCGUUCAGCAGAUGUGGGCUAUCUGGUGACUAAAGUGGUGGCUGUUGAUGUGGACUCUGGACAGAAUGCCUGGCUCUCCUAUAAACUGCAGAAAGCCACAGACAGGGCGCUGUUUGAAGUGGGCUUACAGAAUGGAGAAAUAAGAACUAUCCGCCAAGUCACUGAUAAAGAUGCAGUGAAACAAAGACUGACUGUUAUAGUGGAGGACAACGGGCAGCCCUCUCGCUCAGCUACAGUCGUUGUUAACGUGGCGGUGGCGGACAGCUUCCCUGAAGUGCUGUCGGAGUUCACUGACUUUACACACGACAAGGAGUACAAUGACAACCUGACUUUUUACUUAGUGUUGACUCUGGCUGUAGUUUCCUUCCUAUUCAUCACGUGUUUAGUGGUUAUUAUAUCCGUGAAAAUCUACAGAUGGAGACAGUCUCGCAACCUGUAUCACUCCAAUCUCCCUGUGAUUCCAUAUUAUCCACCACGUUACUCAGACACUUUGGGGACAGGGACUCUCCAACACGUGUACAAUUACGAGGUGUGCAGGACGACUGACUCCAGAAAGAGUGACUGUAAGUUCGGCAGAGCUGGUAUUCAGAACGUGCUGAUAAUGGACCCCAGUUCUACAGGGACGAUGCAGCGGGUACAGAACGAAAAGAGCAUCCUGGAUGAACCAGACUCUCCUUUAGAGGUGAGCUGCAUUACACAAAGUGUUUUACUUAUGCAAACAUUGUUUCUCUAAACCGAUAAUAAAUUGCAAUAAGUAGUUGGCUGCAGCUUCACCGUAAACAAGUGAAUAUGGUUCUUUUCAGCACCACUCUUUGGACAGCUCCACUUGAA